UCCACAAAUAAUUAAAAAUAAAGACGUUGCAAAGUAUGGAAGUGACCUAAGAGGAGGUUUUUCUAGCUUCGGCGUGUAUGUAAAAGGGCUCACUGAAAAGAUGAUUAUUGGCGAUUCCCUCAGUUCGUUGCUGCGUGUGCUGUCAAUUUCAGGUGCUACCCCUGGAGAGUAUAAUGAAAAAAUUUAUGAUACACCAAUUUACUCAAGAGUUCUUCCCAAGGAAAUUAAUGAUAUAGAAGUUGAACUUAGAACAUUAGACAAUGGACGUUUAGUACCAUUCUCUUAUGGAACAGUACUAAUAGUAUUAAUUUUUAAAAAAGUAAUAAAUUUUUAA